CAGUGUGAAAUUUCUUUCUUGCGUAAAUUUUCUUAGGUCGAUAUUCCUUUAAAAGUCAUAAGAACUGUUUUUGAUCUGACCCGUUUAUUAUUACAGUGUUGAAUUACACUAGUACACGAGGAUUAUUUCAACAGGUUAAGAUGACUAAUAAAGAGGAAGAGCAGCUUCUCCAGGAUGCAUCAACCUUGCUCAUGUUUGCCAAUGUAGCAGCAAAACAGCAAAAUCAACACACGAUACGACAAGUGUCACCACCACCACAGGCAUCAUAUCCGCAGCAACAACAGCAACUUCAACAACAACAACAACAACAACAACCCCAACCCCAACCCCAACCAGUUCAAUCUCAACAAAAGCAGCCACAACAGAGCCCCAUGGCUACAUUCUCCGAACCAGUUCCAGCUUCAGCCCACUAUCCACAACAACCACAACAACAGCCUGUUCGCCCACAUAUACGAGAGUCACCACCAUCUCAGCAUAACCAGUUUCCCCUCCCGCAGUAUACUUUCCCAGUGAUGUAUGCUGGUCCGCGACCUCCAUACAGUUUGCCACAGCCACAACAACUGCAAAUUGCACAGCCUCCAAUACAAAUUCUCCAACCCCAAAAACCACCCACACAAGAUGCUGCAGUAAGAAAACAUUCUCAUCCUGAACAAACGAUUCAUGAUGUCACUCCCAGACAACCACAUCGAAGCUCCAUAAGUAUAUUGAUGAAUACCCCUGAACCAAAUACUGAAGUGAAACAACAAGUUCCUCCACAAACACAACCACAAGUUCAAACCAAUGCCCCAGGUUUAUCACAAACCGAGCAGAAGCAACCACCACAAAUGCAACCGUUCACCCAUAUCAAAUCCAAAUCACAAUCACCCAUGAGCCAAGUGAAUCAAAAUACGCCCGCGCCCACCAGCGCAGCUUCACGCAAGUCAGUGUCCCCUCCUUCUAAAUUGCCCAAACAAGGAAAUUUCAAACCGACACAUGAACGAUCUCGAUCCACGCCUGAAUCCAAUGCCACUAUAAAGUUCCGUCAUUUACAAGUAUCCCCCACUGGCAAUAAAUUUGCCCGCGGCAUAGAUUUGGAAACUGGCGAACGAAACACCACUAAUGCCGUGAUUGCUGCUGCGGCAUUGACUGCUGCUGCUGACGUCCCGCUUCCUUUGAAACACGGUGAUGGGAAACGCAAUAGUCUGAGUGCAUCUUCUUCGCCAAUUUUGGCUACUUCCAAGGCCACGGUGGUAAAGCUUGAAGCUCUACCCAGUGAGAAAAAGGAGGAAGAUCAAUUGACUGAACCCGAGCCUGAAACUGAAAAAACUGACGAUGAGAAAACCGAGGAUGAAACUGCAGCUAAACUAAGCAAGGGUUCUUCAUCUUCACCUCCAGCACAACAAAAAAUUAAAGAUGAAAAUACAGUCUCGCCAGCAACGAAAUUCCAAGCACCACCAUUGUCAACAUACCAAGUCGACCCCGAUUCUGGAUUGAUUGGAUGUAUUUGUGGAAUUGAAGAUGAUGAUGGAUUCACUAUCCAAUGUGACGUGUGUUAUAGAUGGCAACAUUGUCUAUGCAUGGGGUUCCAAUCAGCUGACGAAGUUCCUGAAGACGAGUACAAGUGUUACUAUUGUGAUGAGCUGACCUGGGGUAAAUUUGACCCUGAACUUUGUCGUCAACAAACUUUGGCUCGUUUACAAAAUGAACGGAUGACUUCGUCGUCGCAAGAUCGGUCUGAAUACUCGAAUAAUAACGUGGCUCCACAGCAAACUGAGCAGAAUAAUGCUCCACCUAGUAACAAACGAAGACAGUCUGGACCCGAGAAACAGGCGGAAAAGAAGAAGAAACUCGACGAAAAGAAGGAUACGGCACCAGGUACGACCACAGCCCAACAAGCUAAGUCGCCAAGUCAACCCCUCGAACAAUCCCAUGAAGAUGAAACACUACCCAACAAAGACAAUGAGUUAUUAGAGGAUGGAAUCACGGCGGAAUCAUACCAGUCGGUAUAUUACAAGCUCAAGCAGAAUGACUAUAAGAAACAAUCGAUUAAGGAGUUUAUUGAGCAUGUGGGACACGAGUUUUACCAAGGGUAUUUAAGUUUACCUAAAGCUGAUCAACAAAAGAAGGUAGUGAACAAUGUAGAAAUCAUGACGUUUAACCAAUUCAAGGCAUUGAAAAUGAGCAAGGUUCACCUCCCUAACCAUCGCAAGUAUCUUCAAGAACAUCAUAAAUUUUCCAAGAAAAAGAAUUUUAACAAGACUACUAUCCAAGUGAAGCCAUAUUCUGAUAAUCAAAAACAGAAAUUCAAUGGUAUUUCAAGAUUGUCGUUGUUUAUUAGUGGUAGCAACGGCGGUUCCUCUCCUGUCAAUGGUGCCAGUGAAGCAAUUGUGAUUCCGGAAAAUACCCCUGUUAUUGAAUACUUGGGAGAAAUUGAUUUAUUUAAGAAUUACAGAAACGAUUCCACUAAUCAAUAUACUAGUUGGGGUACUACAAAACCUAAAGUGUUGAAGACAGCAAUUCCUAGCAAAGAUGGUGAAGUUAGUCUUGUCUUGGAUUCACGGUUUGUUGGUAAUGAAAGUCGAUUUAUUCGAAAAUCAUGUCCUUCUUCAGCCAACUGUCGGAUUCAACCUGUGUACAUCCCUGAGAAGAACACGUUUAAGUUCAUGGUGCUCACUUCUAAACCAAUAACAUUAAAGGCUGAAAGUCAUGAUGAAGAAUUACGAUUGCCCUGGGAAUGGGAUGUUGAACAUCCAAUUUUGAAAUUGUAUGAGAAUAACCACAGUGAAAAAUUUGAAAAUUUAACCAAUGUGGAAAAAUCAGCCUUGAUCACUUAUAUUGACAACAUUCUUAACUUUGUCGAGUGUGGUUGUUCAUCUUCAAAUAAUCUUUCCACAUGUGCCAUAUUCAAAAUCAAAAAGGCCACUUCUUAUUUGUUAAGAUCUACCAGGAAGGCAAAUUCAAUCAGCAAUGUGAAUUUAAUGAAGUCGAAGGAUGAGUUGAUUUUACCUCGUCCUUCAAAAGAAUAUAUCUCAUGGGAAGAGCGGUUGAUUAAACGGGAUUUAGAAUUACAAUCGAAAUUCUUAGGCGCUUCUGCUGAGUUAUUGGAUCAGACAUUAGUGAAUAACAUAGAAGAGCAGGAAAGUGCUGUUGACAAACCACCAAUGUUGUUCAAGAUUCCUUUCAAGCAACAGUUGAUUACUAGAAUCAAGGUUCUGCCUGAGGAAUUAGCUCCGGAAGCAGAUCCAGAUGCUAUGAAAGAAGAUCAAGAAGAGCAUGAAGAAUCGAAUGAAGAUAUUCCAUUUCCUGUGGUACCUGAUUUGGUUAUAAGUAUAGACAGAACCAUUGAAGAGAACUUGAAACCAAUCGUGAAAGAAGUGGAAACCAAGGCAUUGCAACCAUUGGUUGAUGAACCUGAUUUGUUGGAUACAAAGAGUGAAGUUGAAAUUAUACAAAAGGUUGUGGCAGCAACUGUUAAUCCAGUUGCUGAGCCUGUUCCGGAAGUUGUGGUGAGCAAGAAAAUAGCCGAGUUGAAGGAGACAGUGGCACCUACUGCCCCUAAGGUUGUUAAAAAGUUAUCAUUUGCGGAUUAUAAAAAGAAGAUGAAGUAGAGUGAUGUAAGUAUUUUUAUUUAGUUUGUUAUUUCUUAUCAUGUAUUAUAAAUAUAGAAAAUUAUGU